AUGAAGAGGAGUCCUCCGAAGUCCGGGGUGAGUUGCCAGUGUCUUUCUUUCCUGAGACUGGGCAAGUCCACAAGAAGAGGGCCAGUCUCCAAGACGAGGGAAAGUCUCCAAUACCAGGGCAAGUCCACAAGAAAAGGGCAAGUCUCCAAGACAAAGGCAAGUCCACAAGAAGAGGGCCAGUCUCCAAGACGAGGGCAAGUCCACAAGAAGAGGAAAAGUCUCCAAGACGAGGGCAAGUCCACACUCCAAACAGGGCAAGUCCACAAGAAAAGGCAAGUCUCCAAGACGAGGGCAAGUCCACAAGAAGAGGAAAAGUCUCCAAGACGAGGGCAAGUCCACAAGAAGAGGAAAAGUCUCCAAGACGAGGGCAAGUCCACAAGUCUCCAAGACGAGGGCAAGUCCACAAGAAGAAGGUGUCUCCAAUACCAGGGCAAGUCCACAAGAAAAGGGCAAGUCUCCAAGACGAGGGCAAGUCCACAAGAAGAGGAAAAGUCUCCAAGACGAGGGCAAGUCCACAAGAAGAGGAAAAGUCUCCAAGACGAGGGCAAGUCCACAAGAAAAGGGCAAGUCUCCAAGACGAGGACAAGUCCACAAGAAGAGGGUGUCUCCAAUACCAGGUCAAGUCCACAAGAAAAGGGCGUCUCAAAGACGAGGGCAAGUCCACAAGAAGAGGAAAAGUCUCCAAGGCGAGGGCAAGUCCACAAGAAGAGGAAAAGUCUCCAAGACGAGGGCAAGUCCACAAGAAAAGGGUACACCUCCAUAUAA